UUUCUCAAUUUACGGAGAGAAUAUAAAACCAACACUGAUUAAAUAUCACAAUAUGUACAAGUGCCCACUUUGCAAAAAGAAAGGAGACUAUAGCAUCAUGCAGUCUCACCUUCAGAGCCAUGAAGACCAUGUUGUAAAUUAUGCAGGUUUUACUAUCUACAGAUGCAACACAGGGUGUGUCACAAGUGGCCAUUUCCAUUGUUGUUUGUGUUUAAAAGUCAUUGUCAAAAGACAAAGGUUUUUAACUCACUUACAAAAAUGUCAAAAAUUGGUCACACCCAUGCCCACUAGACAGACUACCCCCGCUGUGCCCACCAGAGAGAAUAUCCCCAGUACUUCUCCCAAAGAGACUGUGCCCUCCAUUGCUACAAUCAAUGUCAGUUCAGCAGCGCCUGUCACUAGUUUUAGAGGAUCACAAAUUCUACAACAUGCAAAAGAGAAGAAGAUAUUUUGUUCCUUUUGUAAUUUGAGGUUGUACAAGAAAAAUCUCAAGUUACAUAUAAAAAGACAACAUUCCUCAACAAACAUUGAAAUAAAUGAAUAUAACAGGCUUCCUUCGGUUUGUAUUGAUUCUAGAAGGGGCAUUUUUGCAGUGGCAAAAACUUCCACUGGACCUAGAUACCCCAUUCAUGUUCAAAAGUGCACAUGGGGAGCUAAACAUGUUGUGAUCUGUGAGUUAGAGAAAUGCAAACAAGCAUCAGAAUUUUCUCAAAGGAGUGGAUUCAUGGGAUUUGAAUGCUUCCGUCUGAGGUCUUUGGCCUUCUCUCCAGUUACUGCUAUGCCAGACAUUACACUUCAGGAAGAAGUAUUAACUAGAAUGAUACAAGCAAAAUGGUUUGGUAAAGAGACAAUGAAAACAUGUUUACAUCAUAAACAGAUGGCAGAAACACAGCAGACGCCAUUAAGUAAAGAGAUUUCUCUUGGAGAAUAAAAAUCACAAAUAUAUCUAUUAGUGUUUGAACCACGUAUAUCAUUCAGGUCUCGUUUGGGGAGGGUGAUGGUCCAUUAUAACAAGAAAUUGAAUACCUGGCACUGUGCCUCUUGCAAGCCUGUAUCUUCAUGUAUACACAAGGCUAUAUCUAAAUGGCAUUUAUUUCAAACACGCCCUGAACACUUUAAAAAAGCUAAGACAACAGGAAAUGAGGUUUUUGACUCUGUCACCAUUUACAGUGGCUCCUAUGAUUCUGAACAACAGUCAUGUGAUGUUUGC